CACCUUUUAUAAGUCUCGUGGUUUCAUGUGGUGCAGGCUGGAGGUAACCCCGGCAACACUUCAAGCGUCUCGACUCCAGGAGAGCGAGCUAAACCGGCGCGGCGGGUCUCCACGCUUCACGUCUCCUCUUCUCAGCUUCACCGUUUGGCCAAACAUGGACAUGUCACAUGACCACCACCUCCAGCACGCCUCCAUGGAAACGACUGCGGGUUCCCAUGGCAGCCACUUUGCCCUGGAAACGACUACAGAUUCCCAUGGCAACCACGUUCCCCCCAGCGCCAUGCCCGACCACGGGGGUGGAGGGGGCCACAUGAUGAUGCCCAUGGUCUUCUACUUUGGGUACCAGCAAGUGGAGCUGCUCUUCUCAGGACUCGUCAUCAACAGUGCAGGAGAGAUGGUGGGAGCCUGCAUCGCUGUGUUCUUGCUGGCUGUGCUCUACGAGGGGCUGAAGAUCGGCCGCGAGUUCCUGCUGCGGAGGUCACAGGUCAGCGUGCGCUACAACUCCAUGCCGGUCCCGGGACCCAGCGGCACCAUCAUGAUGGAGACGCACAAGACUGUCGGCCAGCAGAUGCUCAGCCUGGCUCACCUGCUGCAGACUGUGCUGCACAUCAUCCAGGUGGUGCUCAGCUACUUCCUCAUGCUCGUCUUCAUGACCUACAACGGCUACCUGUGCAUCGCUGUGGCCCUGGGAGCCGGCACCGGCUACUUCCUUUUCAGCUGGAAGAAGGCAGUGGUGGUGGACAUCACCGAGCACUGCCACUAACACUGACCACCUGGACCGGACCAGACCAGACCAGACCAGACCAGACUGCCUCUCACACACAUACCCCAACUCUCACUCUCUCUCUCUUUCUGAAACUGCACAUGGAGCAAUCAGGGAAUCGCCAAACUCCUUAAUAAUCCCUCCU